UAUAUAUAACUGCGAGUUGUUCUUUUCCUAACUACGCAACCAAGCAGUCACUAAUAUAAUUCUGCAGAACACGUUUACCUCUUUUGAGCUUUAACUAUGGAGGCACAACAACGCAGUGGCCAUGCUUAUGAAGAUGUUACUCACCACUCAGGGGAUGAAAGAGAUGGUAAAAAUCCGGUUCACGGCCAAGGGAAAGUAGAAGAUGAAGGAGCGCAGGGAACCAAAAUAGGACUACCAACAGUGUUAGACGAUGACCCUAAUGCACCAAAAGAUCGUCCUGAGGACAAAUCUUCUUCUAAUUAUCAGAGCAAAGUCACUGAUCCUACAGGCGCCAAUAGGGAGGAGGCGGGAACUACUCCACUAGUUCAGUCAUUCGAGAAAAUGAGUGUGAAUGAAGGAAUAAGGGCAGAGAAAGGAGCAGGGGAAGAAGAGGGGAAGAGUAAAGCAACUGAUAAUUAUAAAGGAGUGUCAAUGAAGAAGUACUUGGCAGAGAAAUUUAAGCCCGGAGAAGAAGAUAAGGCACUUUCUGAGGUGAUCGCAGGCACACUUUCAAAACAUAAGGAUAAAACAGAGGGAACAGAUCAGGAGGAGGAGGCAAAGCCAACAGGGAAGGUAAAGGUAUCAGAGGAAGUAACCAAACAAACAGCUGGACCUACAGAUGAACAUGGGAUUGCUGCUGCUGAAGGUUCAGGAAAGAGUAUUGUAGGUAGGAUUAAAGGUGUUGCUAGUUCGUGGUUUGGCAAAGGUACUGGAAAACCAGCAGCACAGACUUCUACCGUCUCAGAUGGUAAUUAAGUGCUUUGUAUGUUUGCUACUGAUCCCUCUGUUCAAAUAUAUGCUGGUUGCCUCUUUCUUUGUUUGGUAUUCUGCUUGUUUGAGCACAUCUAAUUAGAUAAUGAGAUCUGAUGUUGUUCUGAACUGGAUUGGAUCUGUUAUGUGUAUGAUGUAUCUAUCUCUUUUGUAUAUUUACUUUCGUUGAAUUAUGUCA